AUGGCUGUUCACAAAAAGAGCAGGCACAUGGUGAAUUUAGACAAAAUGCUAAAAACACAUGAGGUGACCGUUGCCUGUAAGUGGUGCUGCAGAGAGGAGAAUGAGAUCACUUUCUCUCUCAUUAAUACGCAACACAACUGCAUAAGAAACAUCCUACUGGCCCGGCAGAAAGAUGGGGUCAAACAAUGGAGGCCUGUAAAACCUCUACCGUUAUUUCCUAAACCUUUCAGGUAUGUUGUUUGCUGCCACUUUGUGGAAGGACAGGGAUGCGUGAAACAUAGAACAAAAUGUUCCUAUGCAAGAAGCACAGAGGAGGCAAAUGUUUGGAACUUCCUGAAAGAUACAGGCUUGGAGUAUGAUCAGUUUGUCAGAUUAGUAAGAUACGAGUCAUCAGCAGAACCACGUGACGCAGUGGAAAAGAUACAGCUUUGUUUCCAGGGAACUUUUUUGGAGCUUUGUGAAACCUGUUUUUACCAAAGCCCACAGAAAAUCUCAGUUCUCACAGAAAAGCAGAUGCAUUAUGCCUCAGGACAUACUUGGAAACCUUUGCUGGUCUUUUGUCCUAAAGCAGGCCCUGAAAACUAUGUGGCCUACGAGGAGAUCAGACCACUGACCAGCACUGUGCGGUGGACAUACUGCAGAUAUGUGCAGAAAGGGGAGCCAUAUUGGCAUGGAGCACAUCGCUGCUGGUUUGCCCACAGUCAGGUAGAGAUGGCUGUGUGGAAGGCAGAAAAAAAUGGGGGGCUUGAUCGGUCGAAGUUGCUCAGUUCCUCCCAGGGACAACAGCACCAGCAAAGCCGAGUUCACUACUGCAAAGCCUGUAAACAGCAGCUCCUGUCCAAAGAGGAGUUCAUGAACCACUGCUUCACUGUGAAUCAUAGAGAGCGUCUCAUGGAAGACAGAACAUCCAAAUGGAAAUACAGAGAUCCACCACAACUGUACAAUAUCUUCACCAUGUGCAAGAGGCCCUCAUCAUGUGAAUAUGGAGACAGGUGUGUUGAAGCUCACAGUUCAGAGGAACUGGAGGAGUGGCGUAAGCGAGAGAAAGAGAUCUGGAGGAAAGUCAAGGCUGCAGAGGACCAGGGUCUACUAUCCUACCAGGACAGUCUUCUCAGGGAGUACAGGAACAGCAAAGACCAAGAGUUAAUAAUGAGUGAGUUUGUCCCUGGGGUACGUGUCAGUUGUGAAACUGAUUUGUGCAUCUCUGUCAGAAAGGAGGGUAUACCACAUCGCUGGAAGCUCAACAUAAAGUCUAAGGAACCUUUGGUGGUAGUUGCUUUACUGAAACAGGUCUCCGGAGCCACAUUUACCAUCAGUGACAACUACAAUGAGGAACGUACAUACUCCUCCUCUGAGUGGUUCCAAAUCCCAGACUCUGGGGACUAUAGCUAUAACAUCCCUGUGUCCUUUGUGUCUCUCCGUCCUGGUCUUUUUGAGCAGUGGCUGGUGUUGGACUUCGAUUCGAGGCCAGUGCUUCUGCAAAAGCUAAAAGCCAGAGUUGGUGAGCAAUUGUUUCCUCACCCUGAAAAAAUUCCAGACAGUGUCUAUGUAACAGAGGUCACACAAUCCCCUGAGAGUGAAAGGAAAGCUACCUCAGUUCAAGAGGACUGGAAUGAAGAAAACAGCAGAAUUGUUCCUUAUCUGGAGAGAGCAGCAGAAGAACAGGAUUUGUUGAGCAAAUAUAGGCCUUCAAUUACAUCUGAUUUUAACAUAGAGACAGAUGAAUCAAUCAACCAGCAUAAUUACAAGAAGAGAAUGCACAGCUUUUUGUACCAAGAGGAACUGGUGGAAGAUAAACUGAUUAGCAGACUCAAUCUUCUGGGCAGCAUCCAUUUAUCACAGAACUUGUGGGACCCUUGGUUUGGACUGAAGUUUGCUCCUCCAGGAAUGCUUUUUGGUACAGUGACAAUGUCACACCCAAUUACCCCCAACACUCCAGAGGGUUUCAUACUGAAAAGAAUGGUCCAGUCAGUCCUUGUGGGACCAGUAUAUGCUUCAAGUCAUCAGCACAAGCAGGUCUACGAGGCCCUCAUUAUUCCAGAGACAGACAGCCACACACAGUUACAUCUGCAGCUCUCAGAAAGAUGCUGUACUGACCUUGAGCUUAGGGACAAUAGUACCUGUAAGCUUGAAGUGCAGUUCCAGCUAAACCACCAGUUUUUCUGUGAGUUACAUAGAGCUGUUGAUCUUCUACAAGACCUGAGAGUGGUUCUGCCAGAUCUCAGCAAUUGCUGUGUCCCAGCUCCCAUCACAACACCUGCAGGUACACUGAAUCAACACAAACUGAACCAGAAGCAGCAAGCAGCCACAGAUUUUAUUCUUGGAAGACCUGAUGGUAAAAGAAUUGUGGCACCACUGCUGAUAUACGGGCCUUUUGGAACAGGAAAAACCUCCACUCUUGCUGCAGUUACACUGGUACUUGUUCAAAAUCCCCAAAACAAAGUCCUGAUCUGCACACACACAAACAGCUCUGCUGAUCUAUAUGUCAAAGACUACUUUCAUGAACAUGUAACUGCUGUAAGUCCAAACAACUGGAUUUACAGACCCCUCAGAAUAAAGGCUAAGGAAGUGUCUCUCAACAAAACUGAUGAAGUAACCAAGCAGUACUGUCAGCUAUCAAGAGAUGGUUCACACUUUGAAUUCCCAGACAAAUACACUCUAGACUCAGCCAGAAUCAUCAUUACCACAGUUCAGAUGGCCAGGUUCUUCCAUGACUUGAAACUCCCAUCUAACUACUUCAGCCAUAUUAUGAUAGAUGAAGCCUCUCAGAUGCUGGAGUGUGAAGCUCUGAUGGCUGUGGGCUUGGCAGGUGAGGGAACACGGGUAGUUUUAGCAGGAGACCACAUGCAGAUGGGGCCCAAGCUCUUUUCUGUGGAGGACGACAGAUGUUCCGACCACACACUGCUCAAUCGUCUCUUCUAUUACUACCAGGCUGAAAAUAACAGCACAGCAAAAGCAAGCCGAAUCAUUUUUAAUGAGAACUACCGCUCCACAAAGGAGAUAGUGGAUUUUGUGUCCACACAUUUCUACGUAGGAAAAAGCGAUGCCAUAAAGGCCAGUGGGAAUGUGCCAUCACACCCUCAACUCCAUCCUCUGCAGUUCCACCAUAUCCGAGGACAAUGUCAUUUGGACCCAACAACCAUGUCGUGGUUCAAUCGUGAAGAGAGCCAAGGAGUUGUUGAGAUUGUCUGGAAUAUAUUAAACAACUGGCCUGAGGAAUGGGAAAGGUGUGAUCCAUCAGAAAUCUGUGUUCUCUCUCAACGCCAACAGGUUUUAGAAAUUAGGUCAAACCUCAAGCAGCUCAGCCUGUCCAAUGUUACUGUGGAGAGUGCAGAAAAUGUGCAAGGAAAACAAUUCAGAGUCAUUGUGAUCAGCACAGUGCAUACCUCAGAGAGCCUGAAGCUGACAAGUCCAACCUGUCUGGAGUUUUUCAAUGACACUCGUGUUCUGAACACAGUAAUGACUAGAGCCAAGUCCCUGUUGGUUGUAAUUGGAGACGCUGCCGCUCUCUGCUACUAUGGGAAGUGCUCAAUGAUAUGGAGGUCGUACAUUGACCACUGCAUACGCAAUGGCAGUGCUCAACCUGAACACAUAACAACAGACUUUGUGAAACAAGAACUCCAGGAGGUCUCAAGAUUUUGUGGAACUGAUGAGGAUGACAAUGGUGACACUGAAUCUUCCACUUCGGAGAGCCCUGACCUUGAAGACCCAAUACUCAGAGAGCUUCUUGACGAGACCAAAGACUUUGAGAUUAACGUGACAGAAGAAGGUCUCUUUCCUAUUCCAGAGGAACUUGGCAAGAAUAUUGUCAUGCAUGCAAAAGAAAAAAACCAAGACCAUUCUGAACAUCAGUGGAAGACAAUGUUAAAGAAUUGCCCUACACGUUACAAGCAGUGUUACUUAUACAUGGAGAGAUUUGACUCAGGUUAUGCCACACCUCUUGAUGAUCCAACUCUACAGAUUGAGAUAAGGGGCACAAAAAAUGUAGGCCAGUCAUUCCAUAGAGAUCAAGUGCUUGUGGAGAUAUUGGAUGAGGAGGAAAAUCAAGGGAAAGUGGUUCAAGUGCUCAACUCCAUGGAUAUAUCAAGGGUAUUUGUCUGUACCCUUGACAUCCAAGACAGUCAAGUAAUGACACCAAUAAACAUAUGCAUUCCCAAGAUUUAUACACCAUUUUGGAAGGACAAACCAAAUUACAUUGCAGUGCGAAAAGAAAAAGACUUGACAUUUGAGAAGUUUGUUGAGAUUAAUGCGGAAUCCCGGAGAAACAGUCUCUUUAUUGUCAAAGUUCUGAAGUGGCGGGAGAACUUCCGUUACCCUCUAGGAAUUGUGGUAAAAGUCCUGCCGAAAGUCACUUCAUUGGAUGCUGGGUUAGAAGUGUUAGAUAUAGAGUUCCGAUUGCAAAGAACUCUUCCUCCGCCUGUUCAAAGAGAACUUACUGAACUUAUUAAUCUGUCAGCAGAUACAGGAGAUCGAAAAGAUUUUCGUGGGCUGACAACUUUUACGAUUGACCCUUCAAAUUCACUUGAUCUUGAUGAUGCAAUCAGUGUGACAGAAUACGACACAAGCUAUGAAAUUGGCAUUCACAUUGCUGAUGUUGCAAGCUUUGUGACCAAGGGAAGUGAACUUGACAAGUAUGCAAAACAUCAAGGAACUGCAUUCUACCCUCCCGAGAGAGAACCGGCAUACAUGUUUCCCAAAGAUCUGAGUACUGAUUAUUUCAGUCUGCUCCCAGGUCAGGACCGACGUGCCAUUUCAUUGAUGGUACAAGUCAAUAAAGACAAUCACAAAAUACAGCAGAGAAGUUUUGUUAAAUCUGUGAUCCGUUCACAGCGAAAGCUGUCCUAUGAAGAUGUAGAUGAGAUUCUCCAACAGUCCACUACAAAGAAGCAAUGCUGUAACAGUAUAGAGGGAUGUCUUGCUGUGGCAUGUCACCUUGCUGAAACUCACAGGAAAGGCAGGAAACAAGAAGACUGGUGCUACAAGUCACCUGAUGAAAACAUAGUCAUUGGAAACAGACAGUCCCACAGAAUGGUCGAGGAGCUCAUGAUCAUGUUUAAUAAUGCUGUUGCUGACCGACUUCUGUGGGAUGAGAGAAGCAGAAACUGUACACCUCUCAGAUGCCAGAAUGGACCUAAUAGAGAGCAGCUUCACAACUUUGUGGAGGAGUAUAGAUCAUAUAUUCCCUUGUCCAUUCACUUUUCCUACCAGAUUAAUGGAGCAAAACAAGAAAUUGACUCCUCUGACUCUCAGGCCUUCCCCAUAUUGAAAUCACUUCUGCAGAACCUUGAAAUUGCAGCUCACAACAAAGACAUCAGCCGAAUCAUUGAUCUCAUUACAACAGAUGAUAUACAUCCUUGCCUGCUGCCUCUUGUCAUUGCAUUCAGGAGACUCAUCUGCAAAGCAAACGUGCUACGCUCCAAUUCCACACAUCUCUCCAAAAUUGGACACUAUGACCUUGACCUGGAUUGCUAUACUUGGGCUUCUUCACCAAUUCGGCGAUAUGUGGAUGUUGUUAUUCAACGACUCCUUCAUUCUGUUCUUGAAAGGAAACCAGUAGAAUACACACUGAAAGAUAUUGAUUUGUUAUGUGUUGAGUUUUCACAAAAGAACAACAGCCAAUCUGUUUACAAAAGGAAAGCAUCCUCACUGAAUCUUGCUUCAAAGUUGAGCUGUCAAAAUGCAAGAAAGGUGGCUUACGUUAUCGAAGUCACUCCAACAGGGAAAAAUUUCAGGGUAUCCUUUCCAAUGAACCGACCCUCCCUGCCAGAGACAACUGGAAUAAUGUUCAGGGACCUUCAGUUGACAGAUCAACCCGAAUAUGAUGAGAUCAACAAUUGUACGAUACUGCAUUGGAAGCGACGUGUAUAUUCGUUCACAAAUUCUAACAUUCACUAUGAGCUGAGAUAUCAAGAGCCGGACUCACUUACAGCACCAAUGCCUUUGAAUGCCUGGAGCAACCUACUGUCUGCGCUCAGGAAAGAAGACUGGAAUGGGAUGCUUCAAACUCUUGAGAAUAUUACUUCAACUGUAAACCUCAGAGCAUCUGAGAGAACAAGAUCAUCAGUAUUGUUAAAUAAUUCAAAAAUGAGAGAGAGUGAUAUGAAGGAUCAACAUUACACUGAGCUUAUACAAAAGGUGAAGCAAGGGGAGAUACUGGAAGUGCAGCUGGGCACAGACACUGCAAGGGGACUACUGGUGCCAACAGUGCAGCUCCUUAUCGUCCAUCCAAAAUUUGAGAUUUGCUUGGAACAUUCCAAGGAUCCAGUUUUGUGUUUCUCAAAAUAUGCUCUCCGUUCUGCAAGGACCUCGUACAACACUUACAUGGAAUAUCAGAGCAUCUGGAAGCCGCUUUCUGAAAUGGAAUCUGCCUGCAAUGCUGUUGCAGAAAAUGAAAGUGUUGUCUUGGAGGAUGUAGCGCUGACCUGGAAACAAACAAAGAGGGAGCAAAAUCUCCAAGGAUACUUUCGCCUUCCAAUCGACAAGAAAAAAGAGUGGGCUCUUGAAUGCGACUUCAGGAAUUGUUUCCUCUGCAUUCGUAUGAGGACCCAAAGAACGGACCAAUGCUCAAUUCAAACAGAUGCUAAUGCUUUCUCUCAGUAUGUAGACCUCACAGACAUACCCUCUGUCAUCUGGGUAGCCCACGGAUUAACAACCAGAGUCACAGACGAAGAGGACUCAAAAAAGCUGAUGUACAUACAAAUAGACUUUUGUAUAAAUCAUAAAUCAAUGACCAACAUUCCAGACAGCGUUUUUUCUGUGAAAACAAGAUUCACAGUGGAGCUAAUUCCAAAGCUACUGCCUGAUGUUCGCAAGGAGAACGCAGUUGACAACCUGACCAAAGCCAAUCAACUUGUUAAAGAAAUAGCCAUGGGUAAAAGGAGACAGAAUGAAAACACCAAGAUUCCAAGACAGAAAUUUGCCAGAUGUGACAUUGCGUCUUCUGGAUUUAAACCUCUCAACAACAGUCAGUGCAAAGCCAUACGGGAAGCACUUAGCAACCGAUUCACGCUCAUUCAAGGUCCACCAGGUACUGGAAAAACUGUGGUUGGAGUACACAUAGUAUACUGGUUCUUCAGAGACAACCAAACUGUUAAUAUUCCAAAGAAACAAAAAGCUGGUGAUGAGCUGCCCAAGAAGAAGUGUAUUUUGUACUGUGGACCUUCAAAUAAAUCAGUGGAUGUCAUUGCUGGCCAGCUCCUAAAGCUUAAAGCAGAGUUGAAACCCCUCAGGAUCUACAGUGAGCAGAUUGAGAUGCUGGAGUUCCCUUACCCAGGCAGCAGCCUGAAGCUCUCCCGUCGAACCAUCAGAGAAGAGAGGCCUAAUGAAGAGCUCAGGUCUAUCACUCUUCACCAUCUGGUGAGAAAGCCUGAUAAUCCACGCUCAGCUGAAAUUCUGGCUUUUGACGCAAGAAUUCAAAGAGGAGAUGACCUUACAGAGGAUGAGAUUCAAAUCUAUAAGAAAACUCUGCAGGAUGCCCGGAAACACGAAUUGUUGCAGCAUGACGUCAUCCUUUGCACUUGCACGGCAGCCUCAAGCCCAAGUCUAUCUAAAGAACUGAGUUUUCCCCAGAUCAUUAUUGACGAGUGUGCCAUGGCAACAGAACCGGAGGCAUUGAUUCCUCUGGUCACACACAAACCUGAACAGAUUGUUCUACUGGGUGAUCACAAACAGUUGCAGCCUAUUGUUCACUGUGACCUAGUUCAGAGGUUGGGAAUGAAGACUUCUCUGUUUGAGCGCUACAUGGACAAAGCACUAAUGCUUGAUACACAGUACAGAAUGCACGAAGACAUUUGUGCGUUUCCCUCUGCGGAGUUCUAUCGUGGAAAUCUAAAAACUGGUGUGCGGCGGAAGCCAAGUCUUCUCCUGACUCAAAGUUCCUCUGGCGUACAGAGACAGACAUCCAUUAUCUUUGGUCAUGUUGAGGGAAAUGAAGAGAGUCUGGUGGUUUCAACUGAACGAGGGAAUGAGAACUCCAAAGCAAAUGUGGAGGAAGCUCGGGAGACGGUACGGAUUACUCGAUUGUUGAUACAGGCAGGCGUGAAGGAAGAGGAAAUUGCCAUUCUAACACCAUACAAUGCUCAGGUUGCUAAGAUCAAUGAGACCCUGGCUAGCUACAAUGUCAGAAAUAUCACAGUUAACACCAUCAUGAAAAGUCAAGGAAGUGAAUGGCGUUAUGUCAUACUGUCGACUGUGCGUUCUUGUCCUGAGGAAGGUCUUGAAAUGAAACCAACAAAAGCCUGGCUGCACAAGAGACUUGGAUUUGUCAUGGACCAUCACCAAGUGAAUGUGGGCAUCACUAGGGCACAGGAGGGACUCUGCAUUAUUGGUAAUGCCAAGCUGCUGAGGUGCUGUUUCCUGUGGAGGAAACUUCUGGAUCAUUACAAAGAGAGAGGCUGUAUGGUGGAUCCUGCCAACAACAUCACAAUUCAAAAAGUAUCCCAUCUGGCCUGGUGUUGCGCCCCGCCUCCUUGCUCCCGGUCGACCAACCAGGAAGGGAGUGCCCCUUUCGGUUCAACCAACCGGAUGCAGAGCGCCAAGAUUUAA